UCAGCUAUAGCUGAUUCGCAUGCCUUGGAUAAAACUCAAUGGGAUGGAAAUAAAUCGUCCCCAGUCGGUUAAUUCACAUGGGAAAAGUGGGCAAAACGCGGGAUAAAAGGGAGUUAUGAAUUGCGGUCACUCUGUCAGCUUAUUGAGUUCUUUGCCGCAGAGUUCUCAGCGUGUACAGUCAGUUACUGACCUUGACCAUCUGAAACUACUCAGACGGAAGGUGGUUGAACUAAUAAAGCAUCAACCAGGAUGUCAAAUACUACUGAGCAAAUUUAUGUCUAGUUAUCAUGACUACUUUGGCGAACAAUUCCGAGUAGCUGAUUAUGGCUUUGCUAAAUUGCGCGAACUACUGAGCGCUUUGUCUGAUGUUGUUCAGAUUAUCGGUUCGGGAAAUAUGAAGAUGGUGACACUAUCUCACCGUGUGCAAGUCCGACGGUUCACCAAUGAACUGAUCAAAGUGCUUAAAUCUCAGCCGACAAAGUGUUGUCAUUUAUCUGAUUAUCCGACAAUGUAUGAACGCACUUACCGCAAAGAAUUCUGUAUAACAGAUUAUGGUGUCUGUUAUCUUACUGAUAUGCUGUCGGAACUGUCUGAUAAUGUUGUGGAAGUAAUUGGUUCGGGUUCGGACACAGUUGUGUCAUUACCAAGACUCGUACAAACCAGUGAGGAAAGGUAUCGCACCACAGUGUUUGCGGAUGAAGUGGUCGAUCUUCUCAGUGAAAGACCUCGUUGCCGACUGCCUAUUAAUAAAUUUAUUCCAUCGUAUUACCAUCAUUUUAGUCGACAGUGUCGAGUAUCUGACUAUGGCUUUACAAAACUAGCGGACCUUCUGGAGGCGAUUUCCAGCGUAAUCCAGAUUAAAGAAGAAAAUAAAGAAAAAUACAUCAGCCUUUUGCCUGAAAAACACUUGCAAAUUUUCGCGGAAAAACUUCUGGUCCUUCUGGAAGCGUCACCAGACAGAAGAAUACCUAUCAAUGAUCUGACAGAUGUGUAUGCAAGACAUCACGGUUAUGCUUUGUGUUUGGAGGAUUUCAACGUGUUCUCAUUGAAAGAGUUAUUAUCCAAGUUUCCACAUCUAUUCUAUACUGAGGUACACUAUUCGCAAGAAAUACAGAAUACAUCGAAACUGUCAUCGGAAGAUACACCAACUGAAAAUAUUGGAGGUGUCGAGCAACAGACCGGACGGAAUCAAGGUAGUGGUCAAGUAGCAGAUACGAAAGUGGGAAAUACUGCAGCCAUUGAUUACCCCACUUCGAAUUACAAUGCUAUUGAAUAUGUGUGCUUAGUUGAUCGAACAGUGAUCAAACAUCUAGCACACAGGGUUAUUUUUAUAUUGCAACAAUAUCAGCUAGGAGCUACGUCUCUUCUGUCGUUUUACGUACUGUUCCAAUAUCAGUUUAGAAAUGAACCUAUGUUGGAUGUAAUAUUUGAAGAAUUGGAAAGUAUUGUGGAGGUAAGGCAAAUUUUAACUCCACUAGACUGAUUGGUUUAUGUGGUUAUGUCAGUUGAUUUCUCACUGUCUUGUGAAGUUAGUAUUAGAAUUCUUGUAGAAGAAGUACGUAUCUAAUUUGACCUGGUUAACCACAUCUAAGUGUGGAAGCGAUGUCACGAAAUAACUGAAUUUGGAUACACC